AUGGAUGCUGGGUGGUUUUACUCCCCCGCGCAGAUUGUCCGUUACUUUUCUACGCGGGUGACGAGUCUUAAACCUCCUCAAAACAAACUGCGAAACCCAUACGCAAUCCUUAAAGAACUCACAUCGCAUCAAUGGCUUAUGUUUGCUGCGGGCUUUCUAGCCUGGACAUGGGAUUCUUUCGACUUUUUCACCGUGUCAAUGACAAUAACCGAACUGUCGGAGGAAUUUGGGGUAUCUUACUCUGACGUAUCAUGGGGUAUGACCGUCACGCUCAUGCUUCGCUCGGUCGGCGCCAUCAUUUUCGGGUUGCUCGCUGAUAGAUACGGACGGAAAUGGCCGAUGAUCACCAAUCUAUUCCUUUUCAUCAUUCUCGAACUUUGCUCUGGGUUCUGCAAUACAUUGCCGCAAUUCCUGGGUGUUCGAGCACUGUAUGGAAUAGCAAUGGGGGGACUCUUUGGACCAGCCGCCGCUACUGCCCUCGAAGACCUCCCGUACGAAGCACGCGGUAUCCUCUCCGGACUAUUCGAAAUGGGAUAUGCAACGGGAUAUCUUCUCGCUGCUGCUUUCUAUAGAGCUCUUGUCCCCACAACAUCGCAUGGAUGGAGAAGCCUGUUCUGGUUUGGAGCCGGUCCACCUAUCCUGAUCAUCGCCUUCCGGUGGUAUUUGCCAGAAACAAAUCAUUUCCAAGUGAUGAAGGCCGAGCGUGAAGCUCGCGCAAAAGCAGUGGCAGAGGAUGGAGACACAAAAGGGAAAGACUUUCGAGUAUUUGUACGUGAUGCUGGACGCGCACUCCGGGAUAAUUGGGUACUCUUUGUUUAUCUGAUCGUCUUGAUGACGGGCUUCAAUUCAUGCUCCCAUGGAAGCCAGGACUUUUAUCCGACCUUCCUCAAAGAUCAAGUCGGGAUGGACGCAACACAGACAACAGUUAUCACUGUCGUUGGCCAAAUUGGUGCGCUAAUUGGAGGAUGCUCGAUUGGCUAUAUUAGUACAUUCUUUGGUCGGCGGUUAACCAUGAUGGUAUCCUGCGUGAUUGGCGGGGCAGUUAUCCCAGCUUACAUUUUACCACGCGAUAUGUCCCUUGUCGCCAGUGCCUUUUUCGAGCAGAUUUUCGUCGGUGGAGUCUGGGGACCCAUGCCCAUUCAUCUCCUGGAGCUAUCGCCGAUUGCGCUUCGCUCGCUGAUGGUUGGACUGACUUACCAACUUGGUAACUUGGGAUCCUCUGCCUCGGCUACUAUACAAUCUAUCAUUGGUGAGAGGUACCCGCUUCCAGCUGGACCUGACGGAAAGAAGCGCUUCGAUUAUGGUAAAGUGAUUGCAAUUUUCAUGGGAGCCGUGUGGGCAUUUAUUCUCUUCUUCCUUUUCUGGGGUCCCGAAAUGUCACAAGAAGAGCGCGAAGAAGAGGCUGAGGCUUCGCUGCGGCUGGAGGAACUUCGGGCUUCGGGUGUUAGCUUGGCAGAGAUUGGAGAAGCGCAGUUCCGAGGAAAGGAUAUUGAUCGGAAUAGUACACAUGAUGAGGAGAAGGCAGUCGCCGGGCAUGUUGAGUGA